ACACACACACACACACACACAUACCCGAUAUUGACCUCCUCCACGUACUACCGUGUGCUCUGGCACUAGGUACUUGCUACGCUGCUGACUGGCCCUUUUCGCCUCAGCCGCUGCGUAAGGUACAGGUAGUUAAGGUGGGUAAGGACCGUAAGGAGUUAUCAUUCUUCUCUUCUCCUAUUUGGCGCUUCGUGGUGGCGCGACUCCCUCCACAGAACUCACUGUGGCAUCCAUUGCUCCCGCCACCAUGUCUACCCGCCGCUCCUUCAGUUCGUCGACCGCAGCGCGCACUCUGAACAUCAACAACAUCAAUCCGCACGUCAAGGAGGCCAAGUAUGCCGUGCGUGGCGAGCUUGCCAUCAAGAGUGAGCAGUAUCGCACGCAGCUGGCCAAGGGCGAAGGCAGCAGCCUGCCCUUCGAUUCGGUCAUCAGCGCCAACAUCGGCAACCCGCAGCAGCUGGACCAGAAGCCCAUCACCUUUUUCCGCCAGGUGGCCAGCUUGGUCGAGAACCCACUGCUUCUCGAGCACGGCGAUGUAUUGCAAAAGAGCCUGGGCUACAAGAGCGAUGCCAUUGAUCGCGCGAAGAAGCUGCUGAAGGACGUGAAGAGCGUGGGUGCAUACUCCCAGUCUCAAGGGGCCCCAGGCAUUCGCAAGAGUGUUGCCGACUUCAUCGAGAGGCGCGAUGGCUAUUCCGCAGAUCCAGACAACAUCUACCUGUGCGCUGGCGCUAGCGCUGGCGUCAAUGCGCUCAUGAACGUAAUGCUCGACGGCCCCAAGACUGGCGUGCUGGUUCCCAUUCCGCAGUACCCACUGUACACUGCCACCCUCAGUCUCCUCGAUGGCCAGGCUGUUCCAUACUACUUGAACGAGGAGUCACAGUGGAGUACUGAUGUUGACGGCAUGCGCUCAGCACUUAAGGAGGCCCGCAAGAACGGUAUUGAUGUGCGAGCCGUCGUGGUCAUCAAUCCCGGGAAUCCAACUGGCGGUUCUCUAGAUGCAGACAACAUCAAGUCAGUGCUGCAACUCGCUGCGGAUGAGAAGCUGGUCGUACUUGCGGAUGAGGUUUACCAGACAAAUGUGUUCGAAGGUGAAUUUACGAGCUUCAAGAAAUGCUUGCGCGAACUCCAAGAAAGCAAGCUGAACGAGAAUGCCAAAUUUGAUUGCCUUGAGCUGGCCAGCUUGCACAGUGUCAGCAAAGGCAUGGUUGGAGAGUGCGGCCACCGUGGUGGCUACUACGAGAUGGUUGGCUUUGAUCCAGAAGUGGUGGCGCAGAUUUACAAAUUUGUGAGCAUUAUGCUCUGUCCGCCAGUGGUUGGUCAAUGCAUUGUGGAGAUGAUGGUCAACCCCCCAAAGGAGGGCGAGCCAUCUUACGACCUGUACCGCCACGAGUACGACGCAAUCUACAACAACCUCUACGAACGAGCGCAGGCACUGUACAAGGCUUUCAAAGAGAUGGAAGGGGUUGAGUGCCAGUCUCCACAAGGGAGCAUGUAUCUCUACCCAACCAUCAACUUGCCGCAAAAGGCUCACGAAGCGGCGAAGAAAGCCGGCAAGAACCCUGACGACUUCUACUGUCUUGAGCUGCUUGAUGCUACCGGCGUGUGCAUUGUGCCAGGCUCGGGCUUCGGACAACGAGAAGGCACUCUGCACUUCCGGACGACCUUCCUGGCUCCUGGCACCGACUGGGUUUCCCGCAUUACAGCAUUCCACAGUGGCUUCAUGGACAAGUAUCGGUGAGCAUCGUCCACGAUCGACUACCACAAGGACGACACAUGUGGAUGGCGCUGUCACACGCAGCUCGUUCGCAUGAUGAAUGUGAUCGCAGGUAUUUCUGCACCCAGGCACUGUGGAGGCCGAAGGCACAAUGGAGAGUUGUGAGGGAUUAGCGAAAUAACGUAACGCGCAUAUGAAUGCAAUGAAAUUCCCAUGGCGCAGCACCCGUGUACAUGUCACAUUUAUUUCACACCGAUCCAUAUCAUUGACUUUGUCCUCGAUCACAUGGGUGGAAGCAGCAUAUAUACGCGAAUCAAUAACGAUUGAAAGCAC